GGGGCCGAGGCGUUACGCGUGCGGGUCGUGUUCGUGUUCGUGGGGUGCGCUCCGGCGGCCCACUGUGAUGCUCCCGGCGGCUCCUGCCUGCGGAUUGGAGCCGCCUGGAAGGUUCUGCUUGGAGGACAAGGAGGUUGAGGUGAAAACAAUGGAGGAUGACUUUGGGGCUUCCUCCACAUCCCCAUUUCUCACUGAAAGCUUGGAGCUGGCGAUGGAAGUGGAGAAUGAGAGCUCAGGGCCGUCUUGCUUUUCUUGUGCUUUUGACAGCCAAAAUGGAGGAGGAAGGUUCUCUGCAGAGUCUUAUUUAGCAAGUGGGUCUCUUAAGAGGGUUUUGCUGAGACUAGAUCCUUCUCCAAAUGACUAUGAAGAAAGUACAGUGGAGUUGUUUGGGUUUCAGUGGGUUACUGAAAUGGCAUUAGUUGAAUCCUGUGGAUUUCUCUUUGGAUUGCUUAGGCAACAGAUAUACAGACUGGAAAACCUAGUACAAAUGAACUCAUCUGAUUUUGGUCAAGCUGCACACUUGCACUCUGAAGCAGAGAGCAUCAGGCAUCAAUGUCUUAAGUUUUUACAUUAUGUGAAAGUUUUCAUCUUCAGGUAUCUGGAACCCCCUAAGGUGGAAAAUGAUGGAAUGCUGCAUCCUUAUGAAGAGCUAGAAGCUCAGUUACCAUCAGUGUUGGUGGAAGAGCUUCAUGCUUUGACUGUGCAUAUUGGUCACCUUUGUGAACUUCCUAGUAAUGUUCUGGCUGCAUUUACUAUUCAAAAUAAGGCAAAGGUCUUUCCUCCAUCGUGGCACUUACUACACCUCCAUUUGGAUAUUAAGUGGCUAGUAUUAGAAGUUCUUCAUGUACUAGGUGAAAAACUGAAGAGACAAGUUGUUUAUGCUAACCAUUUCAUUAAUCUAACUGGAGAGAAUCUAACCAGUACCAGUUUAUUUGAAAAACACUGUGGAAAUCUCUUAUCUGAUUUAAUAAGCUUGGCCAUCAACAAGUAUGCAAAGGUGCGACCUUCUGAGGCUCUUACCAGUAGCCAUUAUCCCUGUACUUGCAUUAAAGAGCUAUGGAUUCUACUUAUUCAGUUGCUGGACCAUAGAAAUAAAGGGUCUAGUACAGAGUGUUUCUGGAGCUUGGUGAACACAACUCUAAAGAAUAUUUUUGAACGACCAAGUACUUCUGAAAAUGUGUCUGGGUUUGAAAUAAUUCAAUGUAAAGACCCAUUGAGUUUUAGCUGGUGGAUUGUGAGUCAUCUGGCACCACUCUACCAGUUUGACCGUAAUGGAAAUAUAGAUGAAAAGAAACAGAAGGAACCCAAUUGGAAAUUUGUGGAGGAACUCCUUAAAAAAUCUACUGAUACUCAGACUCGUGUAUUAGAGGAACACUUACGAAUGCAUCUUCAGUGCUGUUUGACUUUGUGUACUUUCUGGGAUUUGAACCUAUCUAUUGUCACCAUACUCUGGGAUUAUUACAGCAAGAAUCUGAAUAGCUGCUUUACUGUUCCUUGGCUUGGUCUGAAGGAUCUGGCAAAUGUUAGCAAGACUUCUUUGUCAAUGCUUGAGUUGGUGAAACGCUGCUGCUGUGAACAGCAGAUCCCUUCUCUGUUCAACUCCAGCAACAGUUACUUCAUUUUCCUCAGCAUUUUGGCACAGAUUGUGAAAGAAGAAAACAAUGGUGUGCAUCCUUGGAAACAACUUAAAGGACGAAUUUAUUCCAAGUUCCAUCGGAAAAGAAUGCAGGAGCUGACAGAAGUGGGGCUGCAGAACUUUUUUUACCUGUUCCUCAUGCUGGCAAUUGUUGUGGAGACAGAAGAUAUAGUGAGUCGGGUGUUGGAUCUUUUGGAUUUCUUGACUCCAUCCUCCAUCACCGCAUCUCGGAGAGCUCUCAUCUGGAGAGGUCAUUUUGCUUUCCUUUUAGUUUAUGUUGAGAAGAAUAUGGACAUUAGUGCCCUGGCUGAGAAAAUCUCAAAUGCUUUCCAUGAGAAGGCAAAGGAGUUUUUAGUAACCAAAAAUGACUACACACAGAGACAAAAUCUCUGGACUCUGCUAUCAACCUACAUUGAUGGUGUCCAGGAAGUGUUUGAGACCAGCUGCUACUUGAGCCUUUCUGAGGAAAAGUUGCUAAAUGAUGGCUUUACUAUGCUGCUGCCUGCAUGUCGAGGAGCGGAGCUGAGCAUGGUCCUGAAUUUUCUUCAGGUUGUUUUGGCCAGACUUAGGAGUGUGCAUGAACGUGUAAGCCAGGGACUUCAGCUGGGAAACACAGCCCCAGAUGCACAGCUUCCAUUAGUAGCUAAAGAGCACCACCUUGCUGUCGCCAGUGCUCUCUGGAGAAAUUUCUUUCCCUACUUGAAGAGCCAGAGAAUGUCACAGACUCUGCCUUCCCCACAGCUUGCUGAUACAGCUGCAGGUUUUACUCUCUUAGCUUUGGAUAUACCUAGCAAAGCCCUGUCAGAUCUCCAGCCACAGCCUGUUCUGUCAAUGAUGCGGCUGUUUGGAUGGGAUGACAUGGUGUGGCCUCAGCUGGUGUCAAGAUACCUAAGUCAUCUAAUUCAAAACAGUUCACUGUGUGAAGCUUUUUCUAGCAUGGGCUAUACAUCCUACGAGGCUUUGACAGUACGUUCGUGGUUUCGCUGCGUUUUGCAAAUGUUCCUCGAUCAACCAAGUGGCGCCUUGGCCAAGACAGAUGCUGAGAGAACAGUUGGAAAAGCCUACAUGGAGCAGCUGACUGAAAUGACAAGACUGAUUUUUAAACUCUCAGAAGUAGAAAACAUUCUUUUAAAGGCUAAUGUUGGACAGUCAGUUUUUAAGCAAGACCCGAAAAGUGCUCUUGUCCAGUUCAUUAAGGCUGUUGGUAGAGCUUACAGUGGUCUUCAGACACUCCCAGAGAAAUCUGCCAUGGUAGCAAAGACUCUGGAGUAUUUGGGUGAUGUGUUAAAGUACGUAAAACCCUAUCUGAAAGCAAAAGGACCGCCUGAAGGUCUGCAGCUUACAUAUUGGAUCAUAGGAUGUCUGGUAAAGUUCUGUGCACCAAUACUGGCUACUUCCAAGGCACAGCAACUCUUGUUUCGCAUUGUGGAUUGCUUACUGCUGCCACACUCUGUGCUCCAGCAGGACAAGGAGCUGCCUGUGGCUUUGCUGUCUGCCAUUCAGGAGAGCCUGCCUCUUUAUCUCCAGGGUCUGUCGUUCAUAUGUUGUCAGUCCCAAACACAGGGUGCCUAUUUAAAUCAACUCCUUGGGAGCAUUAUUCGACAUUAUUUUGGACGAUUUCUCCCUUCCUCCCCGACUUUGUUUGGUACUGGACAGCAUCCUCUGCUCACUGCUUUAGGCAGCUCCAUCACAGCCCCCCAGCUGCUCCACCUCCGGAAGACCACUUUGCAUGUCAUAAGGGAAAACUACCUGCAGUUCAAAGGGCAUGCUCCACCUCCUCGCUUGGCCUCUGUUCUUGCUUUCAUUCUUGAAGUACUUCAGAGAACCCAGAGCACUGAACUGUGUGACAUCGACUUGGUUCUCCCAGCUGUGUUGAAAUGCUUGGUACUGGUUAAUGAGCUGCAAGUUAAAAAAAUAUCUACAGACAUUGUACAGUACAUGGUAGAAGGCUGCCAAGCAGGGUCAGGAGGAGAACAUGCCACCCAGCUGACUUCUGUGUUUAGGCAGUUUAUUCAGGACUAUACUGCUGUCUAUGAUCACCGGGUUUUCAACAUACUGGAAACAGUGGCAGUCUUGGAUCAGACUUUAGUUACCAGGCUGAUUCCCACAAUCACACAGUCUCUGAAGGAUUCUGAGCACAAACAAGGUCUUGGAAGAAAUGCUGCACAGAGAGAAGCCUAUAAGAGACUCUUAUCUCACCUUGCAGAGGCUGGACAAAAUGAGAUACAAAAACUGGAAAAUGAGACAGAUCGGUAGUGUGCUGGUGAUUAA